GAGAAGACGAAGACUCCUCUAUGCUUUCACCUUUCAAAGAGGGGCGAGAGAGAGAGAGAGAGAGAACUCGAACGCGGACAACCAACACUCCUGCUCGGGUCGCAGUUCUUCACACCGACCGCUCGCUGGGCUUUCCACGCGGGAGCUGAAUCUCAGCUAGGGUUUCAAUUCAAUUCAAUUCGUCAAGGCGUCUUUGGAGUUUAUUUAUAGCCUGAUGAUAGUAUGCGUCAGACUGCAGUUUUAUGACACGUGAAGCGCAAUGACACUAGAGGAUUUCUUUACUCUAACUGAGAUGAAAGAUGGGCUCACUGCUACGUCUCGCGUCGAGGAGCUGGUCGCAGUCAUGCAGAAAGAAAAGGACUCUGCUGUGAAUCCUGUCGACGCAAUUAGGCAGUGGGCAGCUGUUGCAAGCAUCAUUGCCUCAACUGACAAUAAAGAUUGUCUUGAUCUUUUUGUUCAACUAGGGGGACUUUUGUUCAUAGAUAGGUGGCUUAAGGAUGCUGAAAAUUUUGGCAGUAAGAAUGGUGAUAGCUUUGAAGAAGAGUCAAUAACUGCUCUGUUACUUGCUCUGGAGAAGUUAUGUAUAGACAAGGAGAGAUCAAUUUCUUCGGGUAUUUGGGUUACUGUGGGUCACCUUCUUGACCACCACAAUGUCAAGGUGCAGAAUAGAGCUAGAGCUGUAUUUGGUAAUUGGAACCAUGGGGAUAGUGAUGCUCUGUGCCGGCAGCUAGAAAGCAGUGCACCUGUAAAUGAAGGAGCUUCAGGUAGAGGGGAUGUGGGAAGAGAGAUCGGUGAAGUGGAAUGUUCUCCUUCAAGUAUCCCUUCUCGUGGAGAGAAAGAGGAUACAGAAAGUUGUGUUUCAGAAGCUAUGAGGACCGAUAACUUGCCAUCACAGAGUUCAAAUGCCACCGAACCAGAGAGACUUGAAGAUGUACAGACAAAGCAUGAAGAAAAUCAGCUCAGAUCUAACAUGGUAAUAGACACAUGUGAUAGUUCUUGCGAUCCUUUAUUAUCCUCUAUUGAUGCGCCAGGCCAUGAACAGGAGGGGACCGAUGUCCAGGAAAAAACUAGUAUUGAAACUUGUGGCCCUGAUGUUUCACAUUCCAGCAGUUUUGACAAGACAGAUAUGGUACCGCCUGAAGACAAGAAGCCAGUGGAUAAGCUCAAUAGUGGUCCGGAAAAUUCGAGCAUUCUAGCUGCUACAGAUGCAUUUGAGCAAGCAAACGUGUCUUCAGAUGCUGAAGCUGUUACAUCAGAAGAGAUUGCAGCAGUUUCUGUGGGAACAAAGAUGGAUGUUGAUGAGAGUAAUCACCAUGCUGAAGCUGCUGCUGUUCCUGAUCAUCAAACACCUGCUACUGAACCUCAAAUUGAGACGGUUGAGGUCCCUAAAGUUGUUGAAGAUAACGAUUGCAGUUCUGACGCUGCAAAGAACGCUCCUGAUAACAAGCUGGUCUCUGAGAAGCUUGAUGGUUUAGAUAAUUCCCUUUUGUCGAAGGAAGUUGGUGCAGCUACUAAAUGCAAGGAAACUGCGCGGGAUAGAUACAAGGAGGUAUCAAAUCUUAGUGCUUUAUAUGGAGGACGAAAAGGUAACAGGCGUUCCAAAAGGGCUCGUGGGAAGAAGUCUACCAUCGAACUUGAGUAUGGAAUUCUUGAUGCGUUAGACAUAGCUCGCCAAGUAGCUAAAGAGGUGGAGAGGGAAGUGACAGAUUACAAAGAACCAUUCUGCAGCACUUCUUCGGAGAGAAGUUCAGGAGGUAUAAUUGGAGAGCCCAUGAGCCCAGACUCAAUUAAUGACAGCGCCUCCUCACCCAGUGACACUUCCUCAGAUGAAUUAUCAACAGGAGAGAGUCAAUCUGCUGAGGGUGAUGGAAGAAGGUCCACGAGGUCAGGUAAUGGAGAUUCAAAAACUAAAGAUCCUGUGGAGGAUGUGGCGUCCUCUCAUAUGACCGAAGCCAAAGUCAAGACCGACAAGGGUUUUGAUUUGAAUGAAGAAGUCUGUUCAGAUGAUGGUGGUAGUAAAGCUCUCUUCAAUGAGGAGCUCCGUGAUAGUUCCAGUCAGGUGCAUAAGCGACUGGAUAUCGAUCUGAACAUGGCCGAAGCUGGGGAGGACACAUCAAUUUUUCCUGCGACGGGAAACCAUAUUCCAGCUUCAUCGAGUGUGAAUUCAAAGGGCUCUUCAGGGGAAGCUAAUCAAGGAAGAUCAGAGAGGCCCAAUCUUGAUUUGAAUUCAACGGGUGAUGAUGAUGAUGAUGUGGUGAUCUCCGAUAGCCACCAUUUUACUGGCCGUAUCUGCCCAUCUCCCGCCUCUUCAUCGUCGCAGAUGCAGCCUCAUGAAAGGAAUUUUGACUUGAACGACCAGCCCUAUUCUUCUUUCAACGAUCCUUUCUCGGACCAAGCUUCCCAUCACAAUUCACCUUCUUGUGGCACAAGAAGCUUGGGGAGGCCGGGGAAGCCUACAGUGGACCCCUUUAUCUCCAUUAUGGGGACUAAAGUAGAGAUCAGCAAAGGUGGUCUUGUCCCUCAGAGAACGUCAGAUCUGUCUAAUGGCAAGACUACUCUUGAGCCUUCUUCAGGUGGUGCUCCCGGGUUAGGUCCUGCUGUUUCUUCCCUUUACUCUCCCCCGUCUCGGUGCAGUGCCUUGCCAACAGGGCAUACAAUAUCGUUCUCCCCAUAUGGGCCCAACGAACCAACUCGCUAUGUGGUUGACCCACGGGUUGCCCCAAUCCUCCCUGGGGCUCCAGGGCCUACUCCAGCUCUCUAUUCUCCUUACUCCAUGCCGUUCGCGAUGAGCUUGAAUGCAGGACCUUCACAGCCUCAGUUCGACUUGAACUCGAAUUUCUCAGUUGAUGGGGCGAACCGGGACCCAGGUUUCCUCAUGCAGCUCUUCCCACCUUCUCAUGUCAAGGCUACAGGUGAACAUCCCAGCGCUCUCCUUCACCCUUUCUCUGGUUCUAUUGUCGGAGGCAAGAGGAAGGAGCCCGAGAGCGGUUGGGACCCCUAUUCGGUCAGCUAUGGGCAGUUUCAAUCACCCUGGAAGUGACAGAUUUGUUUCAUUGAAAUCACUAGAAUUGUUACAUAAUCUAAUCGAAUAGGUUUGUGUUUUCAUUUCUAAUAUUUGCUCGGGAUGAUGGUAAGCUGAUUUCUUUUCUGGUAGAGGGGUCAGGAACUGAAUAAAGAUUUGGAAUUCGAUGCAAUGUCAUUAUUCCUGAAAUUACUUGCAUAGGUUGGGGUAAGUCAGGUUCAAUUGUUUUUAGGCUUUCUUCUUCAUGUUUUUACAUUUUCUUCCCCUUUUUGCCCUUCUUUGUUACUUCCUUGAUGGUUCAAUAGAAGGCUGUAGCGGCUGUAAUUCUAAUCUCUCUUCAUGUAAUCACAUAAAUCAUCAGAACUGUUUCUAUCUUCGAGUCGGAAAUGAAGCCCGCACAUGUGAUGUGCAAUCUAUUUCUGUGGA